AUGGAAAAGUGUUCUAUUCCUGCAAAGGAAGCAGAAUGUGAGAGCACAACGAAACCAAAUUGGCUUGAACUUCCAACAGACAUUACAACAAACAUACUCCGGAGGCUUGGCACCAUAGAAAUUGUGACAAAUGCAUGCCAUGUUUGUCCUUUAUGGUGGAACAUAUGCAAGGAUCCUCUCAUGUGGCACACCAUUCGCAUACCCUUUUUUAUGAAUACAUCCUACUCUCGUGACGAUUUGGAAAAGAUUUGUCGCUUUGCUGUUAAACGGAGUUGUGGUCGUCUAGAAGACAUUGAUAUUGAAUAUUUUGCCACCAAUGAUCUCCUUAAAUGCAUAGCUGACAAUGCCAAUAUAAGAUGUUUGAAGCUUGUAAACUGUGUAAAUAUUUCAAAUAAGGUAUUCUGUGAAGCUGUGGGGAAACUUCCAAUGUUAGAGGAGUUGGACAUUUCAUACUCCGGGCGUUCGACUUAUUCUCUUGAUGUUAUUGGCCGUUCUUGCCCACUUUUGAAAUCCUUCAAAUUUGCAAUGUUUGGAUUCAAUAGUCUUCCUUCAAAGAAGAAAGAUGCUCAAGAAUAG